GUUACAACUUGGCUGGGAAGUUCUGAUUCAUCUCCCGUAUUCACCAGACAUUGCACCUUUGGAUUUCCAUUUAUUUCAGUCUUUACAAAAUUCUCUUGAUGGAAAAAACUUCCAUUCCCAGAAGACUGUAAAAGGCACCUGGAAUAGUUCUUUGCUCAAAAAGAUAAGAAUUUUGGGGAAGACGGAAUUAUGAAGUUGCCUGAAAAAUGGCAGGAGGUAGUGGAACAAAACGGUGAAUACGUUGUUCAAUAAAGUUCUUGGUGAAGAUGAAAAAUAUGUCUUUUGUUUUUACUUAAAAACCUAAGGAACUUUUUCACCAACCCGGGACUAACUACUGGGAUGACCAAACUCUACCUUCUGAGACCUCCCAUCCCCUCGCCUCAGGAAACAACGCCGAUUUCACUGACAGGAAUCAUCGGACAGCAGCACCUCAGACUCCUGUCCUCUCAAGCAGCACCACGGCACCCGGGUCCUCCUGACGCCUGUGAUGCGGGGCCAGGAGCGGCGCGUGGUGGUGGGGCGGCCCUGGGCAGGGAGCGCAGAAGGGCAGGUAGAUGGUGCCCACGUCGGGACGCCAGCAGGUGCGCGGGGUCUUCCUGUUUCUGAAUCCCCUCCAGGUCCUCCCCUCCCCUCCCCCAGCCCCUCUGGGCCCUCACCACACAGCAGCAUCUGGGUAAGGCCGCGUCACUCCUCGGAUGGAUGAACGUCCCCCAGUGCUUCCACUGCGCUUACAACAGAAGCCGCCUCCCGCUGCGGUCCAGGGCCCUGCAACUCCCCCACCUCGCCUUGCACCUCGGCCCCGCCCUCCUUUCCGCUGCCGGACCAGCCCCUCCAGGGCUGCUACUCCUCGCAGGACUUUGCUGAUCACCCGGCGCCCCGCUGGGGCCGCUGUUAUUCACAGCGCCGCUCUGGGUGACAGCUUUUCAUGUCUGUUUACCUGCUUUUCCCUCCCCACUAGCAGGUGAGCUUUAAGGGCACAUUCCCUUGUGUAGGCGUAGCCCUUUCAUCCAGAGCAGUACCUGCAACAUUGUCAGUGUUGGGGAGGUCUCCUGCAGACCGCGCUCCGAACGGCCCGGGCCCCGCCCGCCGCGCCCCGCCCACCGCGCUCCGAAAGGCCCGGGCCCGCCCAACGCGCCGCCAGCGCCCUGCGGAACUCUGCUACGCAGACGUGUUUCGCGGGGAGCGAAUUCGGCGUCGGUCCUGAAGCCCUCCUCAGGGUCUGGCUGCGGCUGCAGCGCAUGGCGGCUCUAGGACAUCCUGCUCGGGAGACAUCGGCAGCCCCAGGGCACCCUACGUGCAGUGACGCUGCCUCCAGGGCCAAGAAACAAAAGAAGAAGAAGAAAACCCGGAAUGGGGCCUCUGCGGCGAAUGGAGGCGGGAAAGCCACAGAAACGCCGGCCUCAGAGGAAGCCCCCCUAAGUGCGGAGGCCCAGGCGGAGCAGCUGGUCCGGGAACUGGCCUGGUGCGUGGAAAAGCUGGAGCUGGGGCUGAAGAUGCAGAGACCCACCCCUAAGCAGAAAGAGCAAGCUCUUGGGGCAAUCCGAACCCUGCGCAGCCAAAGAACCCCCCUGCCCCGGAAGAGGCAGCUGAUGCGCUCCUUGUUCGGGGACUACAGGGCUCAGAUGGAAGCCGAGUGGUGCGUGGCCCUGCGGGCUCUCAGGACUGCUGCCCACUCAGUCCAGGUGCAGCCUGUAGGUGAGGCCGCCAGAAAGAAGAGCCGAAGGGUCUGCAGGCCUCGUCUAACAGGGAGAGCCAAGGACACCCUAGACACUCCUGAUGAAGAGUUUAGGUUCAAUUUCUUUUAGCCUCUUCCCCAUUCUGGAAUGGUCCUCCUCUGCAGUUGGUGCAGGGGUUUGUCUUGAGUGCAGAGCUUUCCAGGAAUGCUCUGUCAGACAGAUGUGGGGUUGCUCUGUCCCUGGCUGGUCAGUGAAUCUGGUGCCAUGGCUGUUGGGAAGAUGCAAGACCUGCAUGUUGGGUACUGACCUGACUGUCAGACAAGCCCAGGACCCCGUUUAUAGGUUUUCAGCUGAAAUGUCUCUCCUGCCAGAAGAGGGAGGUCCAUUCAGAAGUUUAUGCAGUAAACUGAAGUGAGUGUUUAGCAUGUUGUAGAAGGACUCUUUUAACAGGCUUAGGAGCAGACUAAGUAGAUGUUGGUAAUAAGGAUUAGUAGGGAAGCGACAUAGUUAUGCACUGGUGCUCACUUAUGGGAGGAUGUUCUGUCAGGUGGUGUAGAGCUCCAUGCCAUUGUGUCUUAUUGCCAUAAUAAAAGUAUUCCUCACAAAAGUG